AUGGAUGAGAGCUAUGAAAAUGUUGGCAUCAAGAAGCCUCCGCCGCUCCCCCUUCAAGAACAUCCUUCAAAGAGGACACAGGUAGAUUUGAGUGAUGACAGGAUGGAACAAGCAGAGAAAUCUAAAAAACAUCAAAAAAGUAAACGUGGAAAAGAUGACGCAAACCACGGCAAAGUCACAAAGAAGAAAGAGGCAGAGCCAAAAGGAACCAUCAACCCAAAAGAAAUAAAAGGUCAUGAAAGAAAGGCUAAGAAAGAGAAGAAAGAGAAGAAAAAGAAGUUCAAGAUCAAAGGACCUAUUCACAUAAUCGAGAAGGGGAAGGCAAAAUCAGACUUGUCUCUGAAUCAAGCAGAAAUCAUUGAAGUGGUCCAAAAUACAGAUGUCUCCGUGAUGACUGAGGCUGUCACUACAGGUCUGGAUGAUUUAAACGUGAAUGAGGAAACAGAGCCUUGGAUGUACUGGUCUGAAGCAGACGUUUAUGAUGACAUUGGGGUGCUAGAUGAAGUGUGUCGGUGA